AUGACUGUUAAACAACAAGCAGGGCAACAAUUUUUGGGUUAUACUAAGAUCUCAACUGCUAUGUCUCGCGAUUCCAAGGAUCCUUCCUUCGAUGAAAGUAUCGAGAGAAAGCGACAUCAAAGUUUCUCUGGCCCUCGGACACUAAGAUACAUCCAAGAUGAAGAGGAAGCGACAGACACUCCAGCUUAUCCUGGCGAAUCCUCAGAUGAAGGGUCGGCUGUUGAAUCUAGUGAUCAUCUAGGCUAUAAAGUUCCAGUCAAGUCACAAAAACACGGUGCCAUAACUACAGACCCCGGAACUUCGAAACACGGGUAUUCUGAUACUAGAGCCUCGAUCGAUCAGCUUUGCGAGGCAAUUCUCGAUCGUGAUAUGAAAACGGCAAAGGUACUGAUACUUGAGUGUAACAAUAUCAAUCAAGAGGGUCGUUUGAGCGGAGGUACACCGCUCACGACAGCAGCUUCUUCAUCUUUGCAGUUCGUGAAACUUCUGCUAAAUGCAGGCGCCGACGUGAAUCACUUGAAUAAGGGCGGAAGCUAUGGCAGUGCUCUUGUUGCAGCUUGUUUUUCUGGGAAUAGAGAGAUCGUCCAGCUUCUCCUUGAUGCGGGCGCCGAUUUGAAUAUGCAGAUCUCUCAUGGGAGAUAUGGGAGUCCCUUAGCCGCAGCGUGCUUUUGGGAACAUUUCGGCUUGAUAACGCUUUUGCUUGAUGCCGGUGCAAGCCUCAAUAUCGAGUUCCCGGUCGGAAAGCACAUGAACAUACUUGACGACGAGAAGGCUGUCGAACUUCUUCUCAAAACAAAGGUCAAUGCCCGUCUAGAUCUAUCAGUCAAGGAGUACGAUAGUUUCGUGGAUACCGCUAUUUCUGAGAGACAUAUGGGGGUAUUACGCCUUCUACUCAGUACUGGAAACCCUCCAUCCGUCAAUUUAGCUCGCCAUUGGAGCAACAAAAGAAUCCUAGCUCAAGCUUGUGAGAACGGAGAUUUGGAAGUACUGGAGAUCGUGAUUGAUUCCGGGGAAGACCUCAACGAAGAUAUCGAGCAUAAAGGGCACACAAGUGCUCUUGGUGUUGCGGCGUAUAAUGGCCAGACAAACGCAGUCCGUCUCUUACUCGAUGCUGGUGCCGAUCCCAAUCUAUCGUCGAUUGCGGGUCGUUUUGGCAGUCCUCUGGCUGCUGCAUGCUGGCAUGAAGGUGGUGAGGAUAUAGUUGCCCUCCUGCUUCGUGCAGGGGCUGAUCCUAAUUCCGAGCUUCCUUGUGGCAGUUUUCCCGAUGCCUUCUCCGCCGCUCUUUACUUUGAAUAUCCCGGUUCCAUCGCACUUAUGUUGCAUGCUGGUGCCAUAGUAAAGCCCCUGGCAUUGACAUUGAUACGUGAACUGGCAUUUGAAGUGCCACGCCUUAUGGAGACUCUUGUGCCACGAUUCAUCAGCUUUGAAGAACGGGCCAAUCACGGAUUUUCUCCGCCCGAUAGAGUCAUGUCGAGCAUUGUCUGCGAGCUUCCAGCACUCGCGAAGGGUCGCUCUGAUCUGGAUUCUUGGCUGUUUGAAUUGGGUGUGUUGAUCAGGAAGGAGGUCACAAUGGAGUUCACAACAAUCCAUAAUUUUCUAUCCCGCACGUUUGGCCCUGCUGGAGAACACAUUCUGGGGGGGCUUGUGAGGGCCCUCUCCAGUGUCGAUGGAGACAUCAUGUUGCUUGUUACCGACAGGGGUAUAACCCUGGAGGCCAGGGAUCCCGAUUCGGUCAUGUUUACCAUUUUCAAGUUUAUCUGCUGUGCCGUUAGAAAACCUGCGCCUGGUGAGAUAUGUGUCUCGAAUCUGGAUUAUCAGCCCACAGCCGAAUUCUUCUUCCUCGACUCGCUGCAGGAGCUUCCCACGUCUCCCGGGGAAAAUUUGUGCUGGAAAUAUCUUUUCGAGGAAGCGAUAGUCAUCACGGAGCCAGGUGUUGAAUAUCACAAACCGUGUCAAGGCCUAGAGCUAGAUUUCAUAGCGAUGCUACAACUGUCGGCAGUCGAAUAUCCUGUUCUUGUCGAAUCUGGCAUUGUUCUUUUGGGCUACUCUACGGCUCUCAUCCCGGUCCGGGAAACUGAAGAUGGGACAAUCCUUUGGCAUCUGGAGACCGCAACCCAUGAUUAUCAGCUCAACGUAUCAGAGCUCAAAGCAACGCAGCAAAAGUGGUUGCAAACCACAAGUCUUGACUAUUUACAAUCCAAAAAGGCACUCCUGGGCUGGUGCUCCAGAGCAGACAUAUUAUUGGGUACUGAUCGACUGGAGCGCCAGGUUUCUUGGUCUGACGCAAAGGUGAAACCUGUUACGUGGAACUGGAAAGGCGCGAAUCUUCAGGCACUAGCUCAAUCCGCUACUCCGCUACAGAUAGGAGGGCAAGUUGGGCUUUCGUUUGAUCGCUCGGUCAAUACUGUCAAAUUCAGUCCUUCUCGGAACUAUCUCAAGUGUUUGAAAAGCAGUGCUAUGGAGCAAAUUGUGGUGUAUGAUGUGGGAACCAAGAGAGCAUGGUUAGUUCAACUGAUCUCUGUGCUACAUCAUAUGCUCCUGGUCUACGCGGACGGUAUUGAGCAAAGCUCUCGAGCCGAGUAUCAACCUUUGGCAAUAACAACUGAGGAUGACGGUACUACCUCGCUGGAUAUUCUUGGAGAGAAGGGGGGGGUAUUACUUGAGGAAUCGGGUGGAGAUUCCUUAACAGUUCGGGAGCUCAUCAUGGGUUUCUCUAUCAAUCUAUCCAAGGCAUCUUUGCAAAAGCCACGACGUUCAGAGAUCUACGGGUAUGAGUUCAUGGACAUUGUAAUGGACUCUCCAAGGUCUGAGCUCAAAAGACGAAAGCUCGAAAAAGACGGGCUGGCUUGGUCAUCCCUGCUGGAUGAAGUCAACUGCCUUUUCUGUUCCGGUUUAGGCGAUGCAAUUGUCGGUAAGCGAGCACGCGAUGUAUCAGCAAAAUGCAAUACUUUGCCGUCUGGUUACGAUUUUCUUGCAGCAUCGAUGCGAAGCAUAGACAACCUCUCAAUGAAGCACGGUGGUGCAGGCAAUAGACAGUCACGUCGCCUAUCACACAGCGCUUCGUGGCAAUUGACGGGGUCCCCGUUUCAAAUCUGUCAGCAUGCUGGUCAUGAGUCUUGUUGGGAUCUCCCUGGUCUUUUACAAGAGCUCAAAGCUCCCCGGCACUCGACGGAAGUUGGCGAUAACUGGUCAGGAGUAAACUCAAACAGCGCUUUGGUAUUCGGCGUGGCAGUGAGGAUGAGAACCUUUGAAAUACCCAUGCGCUUUCAGAGCUUCCAUUCAUCAUCUUCCAACACAGUUUUCAAACCAGUACGCCAAGAUGAUCUUUCAAAUAGCAGGAUAACUAGUCAAACACUUGUUCGCUCGGAAUGA